AUGUUACUGGAUGCAUUGGAUAAACCAUGGUCUUUUUAUCAAUCUGAAAAGGCGAUCGAAAUGGGAGAGGACAAACUGAAGGAAAUUCUAGAGGGGCAUGCCACUGUCAACAUUCUCAGGACAAUAUCUAAAAGUUUUGGAUGUUCGAAAUAUGACUAUGGUGCACUCGGGGCAGAACUCCAUUAUCGUAUGAAUGUUUCCGCCUUUGUUGGUCCUGGCUGCAGUACGGGUGUGGAUAUCAUUGGUAGAAUGGCAGCCUCCUGGAAUAUACCGGUGAUUACCCCCGUGGGACUCGACUCUGAAUUCGACAACAGAACACAUUUCCCUACCUUAACGCGCCUGUCGUAUUCCCUUGAUCUAAUUAGACGGUUUUAUAUAAAGGUGUUUGAAACUUACAAGUGGCAUGACGUAGCAAUAUUAUCAGAUUAUUUCGUAGCGCACUCACAACAACUUGUUCGUAUGCAAAGUAAGACGCUAGAACAGGUUUUCACUGAAGCCGGACUACAGGCAACGUUAAUAGAAAACGAAGGUGCUGAUUUCCGAAAUGCUUUGAGGGCGGUUGCUAAAGUUGCAAGAGUGGUCAUUGUGCAAAGUAAUGUGCCGCGAUUAAGAGAAUUGAUGUUAGAUGCACAUGCAUUGGAAAUGACGAAUGGAGAGUAUGUUUUCAUAUACUAUAAAACGGUGUCUCCGUUUUUAUCUGAUGAGUGGUAUGAUGCGGAGGAUGGGGAAAGAAAUGAGAUGGCAAAGGUUGCUUUCAACGCAUUACUUGUUGUUUUGCCGUACAAACCAGAGAGUGCAGAAUUUGUUGCUUUUGAGUCCGCGGUGAAGAACCAUUCACUGACGAAAUACGACUUCGAUUUCGAGAAGAACAGAGCAGACGUUCACCACUACAUUGCCGGAUACCACGAUGCUUUCCUCAUCUACGCUAAAACAAUAAAAAGCAUGCUUACAGAUGGAGAAAACAUCUUUGAUGGGCGAGAGGUUACUAGGAGAAUGUGGAAUAAAACGUUUGAAGGACUCGUUUCCGGAAAUCGAAAAAUAAAUGAAAAUGGGGACGGAGAAAUUGACCUGUCACUUCACGACUUUGACGCCGAAGGAAGAAUUUUCACGGUUGGGGUUUAUUUCGGGGCCACAGCCGUGUUGCACACGAAAUCCAAUCGAAGUAUUCAAUGGCCUGGGAACACGGGACCCCCUGCAAACAGACCAAAAUGUGGAUUUACGGGUGAUGAUCCUAUUUGUUUUCCACAAGGAGGCGUAAUCAUUCACAGGAAAAUAAAACUAACAAAGGAUUUACAAAGCAAUUGGUGGAAGGUAGACUGGGAGGCACUGUCAGAGAUUCCUGAAAGAAACCUGUCUUUUGAUGGGAAUUCUGAAAUUUCAAAAAUGCACACUCAUGCUGCCAGUGACGACCAGGGUCGUCACGUGGAGAAUAUGACAAAAAUCUACAAGGGAUCUGUUGCUUCUCUUAGUCCUAUCACGGACAGGAAAUUCCAACCCACGCGAGCUUCACAAAUGGAGUUAAUUGAUCUAAGGAAUGUCCACUGUGUCAACUUGACGAAAUUCUACGGACUGACUCAGAAUAACUCGGUCCUUUACAUUAUCACGGAACAUUGUAGCCGAGGGACGCUGAAGGAUAUCCUCCAAAACGAUGAUCUCAAAAUCAACAAGGACUUGCAGACGUCAUUGAUAUGUGACAUGAUUAAGGGUUGUUGCUAUCUCCACAACAGUCCAAUUCGGUACCAUGGGGAUUUGAACAGUCGACAUUGUUUGAUUGACAGACGAUUUGUCCUUAAACUUGACGGAUUUGGUCUUCCAAACAUUCGAUUCAAAUCCCAGAAAUCGGGCAAACGAGGUUUGUUGUGUGUUGCUCCGGAACUGUUGAGAAAUACCUACAGAGAGACUGACUUCCGGGCACUGCAGUGUGCUGAUGUCUACAGCUUCGGAAUCAUUGUGUACGAAACAUUAACGAGAAAAGAACCUUUUGAAGAUGAGAUGAGAACUUAUUCCAUCGAUGAAAUCAUCAAUAAAUUAAAGUUCCCAUCUUCGACCCCACUUAGACCUGGGGAAGAAAACUGGCCUGAAGGAGAUAUUUUGCUUUUAUCUAUGAUGCAUUCCUGCCUGGAGGAGAAUGUAGCUAACAGACCGACAUUUUCCAACAUUGCAAAGGAAGUUAGGAAAUGGGGUGCGACAGGGGAGAACUUUCUUGACACCUUACUUUUUCGCAUGGAGGAAUAUGCCAAUAAUCUGGAGCAUUUGGCCGAGGAAAGAAUGCACGCCUUCAUGGACGAGAAAAGACGAUCAGAAGAACUCCUGUACCAAGUUUUACCCAAGAGCAUUGCGCGUGACUUGAUAAAGGGAAGCAGAAUAGAAGCAGAGGCAUACCAAUGUGUUACAAUAUACUUUAGCGAUAUUGUAGGCUUUACUGCAAUUUCUGCAUCGAGUACUCCAAUGCAGAUAGUCGACUUCCUCAACGCUUUGUAUACCUGCUUUGACACGGUCAUAGAACACUUUGAUGUUUUCAAAGUUGAAACGAUAGGAGAUGCUUACAUGGUUGUUUCUGGUUUACCAUUGCGUAAUGGUAAUGAGCAUGUGAUUGAAAUAGCAAAGAUGGCAGUGGCUAUAUUAGACAAAGUGCAAGAUUUUCGCAUCCGACAUCUGCCAGAAAUAGAACUACAGACCAGAAUUGGAAUUCACUCAGGCCCUGUUUGUGCGGGGGUUGUUGGAAAGAAGAUGCCUCGUUACUGUCUGUUUGGAGACACAGUUAACACGGCAUCUAGAAUGGAAUCUAACGGGGAAGCUAUGAAGAUCCAUGUGAGUUUAAUGACGCGGAACCUGUUGGUUUUACAUGACUUGUUUGUUUUGCACGAACGAGGAACCAUCCCAAUAAAGGGGAAAGGCAAUAUGACAACCUACUGGCUGAUGGCGCAGGAUGAACAGCCAUUUUAAGUUACUGACAUGGACCCAUCUCCUUAUGUACUCCUGAUGCACUUAUUCCCUUCACUCCGAUUUUAGUGACCAGAAGGCGUAGGAAACAAUUCCCAGA